UAAAUAUAUAUAAUAUUGCAGUAUUAUAUCAUUAAAUAUGGAUUUUCAUGCUUGCAAUUGCAAAAAUGUAACAAUUACAGAAGGAAUAUUUGGAGAAAUUUGGAUUGAUGAUAGAGAUCAAAUUUUAUCUGAUGUUAUACCAAAAACGAUAAAAUCAUAUACUAUGGUAAAUACUAAUCGAAUGGAAAUUGUUGUUAUUACUUGGGGUGCCACAAUUGUAUCUUUAAAAUGUCCAGAUAAAUAUGGAUAUUCUGCUGAUAUUGUUCUUGGCUUUGAUAAUAUAAAAGGAUAUACAAAUCCUGUAACAAAUCCAUUUAUUGGUUGUAUAUUAGGCAGAUGUGCAAAUCGUAUUAAAAAUGGACAUAUUACUAUUAGAGGCAGAGAUUAUGAAUUAACAAAAAAUGAUUUUAAUGGAAAACAUCAUUUACAUGGAGGAACAAAUGGAUUUGGUCGUAAAAUUUGGGAUUCUUACAUUGCUGGAUGUUCAGUUGUUAUGAGCUAUUUAAGUCAAGAUGGUGAGGAAGGCUAUCCAGGUGCAGUGUUAACUACAAUAAGAUUUAAAUUGACUUCAGAUAAUAAGCUUGAUAUUUGUAUGAGAACAACAACUUCAAAACCAACAAUAGUGAAUUUAUCACAUGGAUCUAUGUUUAAUUUAGCUGGACAUGAUUCUGGAGAAGCUGAAUUGAAAAAACAUAAAGUACUACUGAAUUGUGAUCGAUGGACAUUUGCGGAUUAUACAGAUCCAAUUCCAACAGGUGCUAUACGUGGAGUAGGUGGAACAGUAAUGGAUUUUCGAAUACCUAGAAUUCUAGGAGAAUAUAUGGAAAAAGUACCACCUGGAGAAGGUUAUGAUCAUAAUUUGUGUGUUACAAAAAGUGGACAAUCUGGUAGCUCAUUUGUAGCCAAAGUAUGGCAUGUAAAAAGUGGACGUGCUUUAGAAAUUUAUUCAGAUCAACGUGGAGUACAAUUUUAUACUGGAGGUCGUUUACCACCUCAAAUUAGUUCAGAACUUUUACCUACAUAUGAAUUAUUAGAAGAUAUUGGGGAAAUUGAAGAAAAUGAUGAACUAUAUAAAAGUGAUUAUGAAGAUGAAGAAGAAGAAAUGAAAGUUGAAAAACAAUAUAAAAAAAUAAUAACUGUACCUAAAAAGAUAGAAUUUAUUUUGGGAAAAAAUGGAGCUCAAUAUAAAAAGUAUAGUGCUUUCAGUAUCCAACCACAAAAUUAUCCUAAUGCAAUCCAUUAUUCACAUUUUCCGUGUUCUAUAUUAUAUCCUGGUCAAGUUUAUUAUCAUGAUCUGACAUAUAAAUUUGAAGUGCAUCUUGCAAAUUAUAUGUAAUCAAAUCUUUAUAUUUGUAUUAAUUCUUAUUAUUUUAUAAAUUUUAUAUAAUUUAAAUGUUUGUAAUAAAAG